AGCUGACCGGCGGGUGCGGCGGGCAGCCCCGAGCAGGCCCCGCGCUCUCGGAGCCGCCGGGCGGUGGCCGCGGCAGACGCCAUGAGGCCCCAACCCGCCCGCGUGGUGGACGGCAGGCUCAAGCAGCGAGUCAUCCAGUACCUCACCAGUAAUAGAUGUGGCAAAUAUGUGGACACUGGAGUCUUAGCGUCUGAUUUGCAAAGAAUGUACAGUAUAGACUAUGGUCGAAGAAAAAGAAAUGCUUUUAGGAUUCAGGUAGAAAAAGUAUUUAGCAUAAUUAGUAGUGAAAAAGAGCUUAAGAAUCUAACAGAAUUAGAAGAUCAACAUCUGGCAAAAAGAGCAAGACAAGGUAAAGAGGAUAAUGAGUAUGCUAAAAGCUGUUCCGAUGAUGAUUCAGAUGUGGGUGAUUACCCAGAUCCACAGUCAGCAAAUCAAAUGAACAGUUCCCUGCUCUCUUUAUAUCGGAAAGGAAACACUGAUUCCGUUUCACAUACUCCUGAGAUGGAGCAAAGAGAAACCAGCGCUUCAACACUACGGAUAACUUCCAAAACAGGCUCCGUUCCUUUGAAGGCCCCUGCCAGAGGUUCUGAGGGAGGAUGGUUUAUUGACAGAACCCCAAGUGUAAAGAAGGAAAGUUUUUUCUUGGACCUAUCAGAUGAGAAAAGUAAUCAUAAGAAGCCAAUAUCCGAGAUACAGGAUUCAGAGGAUUCUUUUCUUCUUGAAAAUGAUAAAAAAAGGAAAGGCAGGCUAAAGAGCACAGGAAACAAAAGGAAGAAAGAAGAUCUUCAGGAAGUAGACAGAGAAAUAGAAGCUGUGCUGCAAAAGAAAGCUAAAGCCAGGGGCCUACAAUUGCAGAUUUCCAGUGUGAAGUUUGAAGAUGUUGGAGGCAAUGAUACGACAUUAAAAGAAGUCUGCAAGAUGCUCAUACACAUGCGUCACCCGGAGGUAUACCACCACCUGGGCAUCGUGCCCCCUCGUGGAGUUCUCCUUCAUGGGCCACCAGGCUGUGGGAAGACACUACUUGCACAUGCAAUUGCUGGGGAACUUGACCUGCCAAUUCUGAAAGUAGCUGCUCCAGAGAUUGUAUCUGGAGUAUCUGGAGAGUCUGAGCAGAAGCUGAGAGAACUAUUUGAACAAGCUGUGUCAAAUGCACCUUGUAUCAUUUUCAUCGAUGAAAUUGAUGCUAUUACCCCCAAAAGAGAAGUUGCUUCAAAAGAUAUGGAACGAAGAAUUGUAGCACAGCUUCUAACCUGCAUGGAUGAUCUAAAUCAUGUGGCUGCUACAGCUCAGGUCCUAGUUAUUGGAGCUACUAACCGACCAGACUCAUUAGACCCUGCUUUGAGACGUGCAGGAAGGUUCGACCGAGAAAUAUGCCUAGGUAUACCAGAUGAAGCAUCCAGGGAAAGGAUACUUCAAACUUUGUGCAGAAAACUGAGACUUCCUGAAACCUUUAAUUUUUGUCACUUAGCACACCUAACACCAGGUUUUGUUGGUGCUGAUCUGAUGGCCCUCUGCCGAGAGGCAGCCAUGUGUGCAGUCAAUAGGGUCUUAAUGAAGUUACAGGAGCAGCAGAAGAAAAGUCCUGAGGUUGAAGGUUUGCUGUCUGAAAGAGGCCUGGAGGAGAGGCUGGGGACUGAGCUCACUUCUGAAACUCAGGAUGAAUUGCAAAGGCUGCUGGGGUUGCUAAGAGACCAAGAUCCCCUCUCAGAGGAGCAGAUGCAAGGACUGUGCAUUGAAUUGAAUGAUUUCAUUGUUGCUCUAUCCUCAGUCCAACCCUCUGCCAAAAGGGAAGGCUUUGUCACUGUCCCUAAUGUGACAUGGGCAGAUAUUGGUGCCCUGGAAGAUAUUAGAGAGGAGCUGACCAUGGCAAUAUUGGCACCAGUACGUAACCCAGACCAGUUCAAAGCUCUUGGAUUGGUGACUCCAGCUGGAGUCCUCCUUGCUGGUCCUCCUGGCUGUGGGAAAACUCUGCUGGCAAAGGCUGUGGCAAAUGAGUCUGGACUAAAUUUUAUAUCUGUCAAGGGCCCUGAGUUACUAAAUAUGUAUGUUGGUGAAAGUGAACGUGCUGUGCGGCAGGUUUUUCAGCGAGCCAAGAACUCAGCACCCUGUGUGAUAUUCUUUGAUGAAGUGGAUGCUUUAUGUCCUCGAAGAUCAGACCGAGAGACAGGAGCAAGUGUACGGGUGGUAAAUCAGCUGCUUACAGAAAUGGAUGGUCUGGAAACACGUCAGCAGGUUUUUAUUAUGGCAGCCACUAACAGGCCAGAUAUCAUUGACCCUGCCAUCCUUCGCCCAGGCCGGCUGGACAAAACACUGUUUGUGGGUUUGCCACCCCCAGCAGAUCGUCUUGCCAUCUUAAAAACUAUCACCAAAAAUGGCACCAAACCUCCACUGGAUGCAGAUGUAAAUUUGGAAGAAAUUGCUGGUGACCUUCGCUGUGACUGUUACACGGGUGCAGAUCUCUCUGCUUUGGUACGGGAAGCUUCUGUCUGUGCCCUGAGACAGGAAAUGGCUAGACAGAAGAGUGGAAAUGAAAAAGGUGAACUCAAGGUUAGUCAUAAGAACUUUGAAGAAGCUUUUGAGAAAGUAAAACCAUCUAUAUCAAAAAAGGAUCGAGUGAUGUACGAAGCUCUGAAGCAGUCCCUCAGCUGGUGACAGCUCAGUCAGCUUGGAGGAGGCGUCCAGUGCAUCGAGCAGGCAGAGAAGCCCACAUGUUGACACAGGUGUGGUCUCGUAGAAGCAUUGUAUUUUCAAAUUAAAGAGGCCAAGCUGAUGCUGAAGAUUCUUCCCAUCUGACCAGCCUUGUAUGAAGUCAUCCCACUUCCUCUUUAAGAAAAAGAAAAAAUUUUUAACUGCUGAAAUAAAAUAAAUGAUACUUUUUUAAAUAAAAUUUUUAUUUUGAAUAAUCUCAACCAUACAGAAAAAUUACAAGGAACUUUUUUUCCCUGAACCAUCUGAGAGUAAGUGGCCAACCUGAUGCCCCUUCACCCCUAAGCACUUUAAUGUACAUUCCUACACACCAAGGUAUUCUCCUGUAUAAUAACCAACCAUCCAAAUCAGCAAAUUAACAUUGAUGCAUUGCUACCAUCUAAUCCUCAGGCUCCAUUCAAGUUUAUCCAGUUAUCCAGGGUCCAGUAUAGAAUUAGCCAUUGCAAUGAGUUGCUGUCUCUUUAGUCUCCUUAAAGUCUGAAACAGUUCCUUUGCUUUGACUUUUUUUUUUUUUUUUUUUAAAGAUGAUCGGUAAGGGGAUCUUAACCCUUUACUUGGUGUUGUCAGCACCGCGCUCUCUCAAGUGAGCAACCGGCUAUCCCUAUAUAGGGACCCGAACCCAUGGCCUUGGUGUUAUCAGCACCGCACUCGCCCAAGUGAGCCACGGGCCGGCCCUGACUUUUUUUUUUUUUUUUUUUUUUGGCAGCUGGCCAGUAUGGAGAUCCAAACCGUUGAUCUUACUGUUAACAAGGUGGUGCUCUAACCACCUGAGCUAACCAGCUAGUCCUGGCUUGACUUUUGAUAUUUUUGAAGGUCACAGGCCAGUUAGUAGAAUGCCUUCAAUUGGAAUUGUCUAAUGUUUCCUCCAGAUUAGACUGGUUAUGCAUCUGCUGCAGGGUUAUCUCAAUGUGACAUCUUUGCAUCUUGUCAGGUGGCAUGCAAUUUUGGUUUGCCCCAUUACUAAUGACGUUCACUUUGAUGACUUGAUUAAGGUGGUUCUGCCAGACUUCUCACGUUAUAAACUUACUCUUUUGCCCUUUGAAAUUUGUAUGUACUUUGUGGGAAGGUACUCUGAAACUGUAAAUAUUCCAUCCCUCAUCAAGUUCAAGUAUUACUAUUUGUUCAAUGUGCUGUCCAUUAUUAUCAUUAUUUGAUGUUAAAAUUGUCCCAGAUUUGGCUCUUUCUGCUGGCCUCUUUGUCUCUGACGAGUCCCUACCUGAUACUUCCUGAAGGGCUUAAUUUGUGUCACGUUUAAUCUCAUCAUUUGCAGAGUUGCUUACAACAUAUUCUGAGGCUGUCUAUAGAUAGUUCUGGU